AUGGAGAACCAGAAGAGGAAGAAGGUGUUGGUUGUGGGUGCUGGAGCUGCAGGCAUGUCUUGCGCCCACCACCUCGCAGAGCACCCGGAGAAGUUCGAUGUUACCCUCAUCGAUGCUGUCGACUACUGUGGUGGUCAGGCCUACAGUAUCCCUAUCGACAAGAACAGGUAUGGUGCCAGCUGGUUGAACCAGGGUGUUCAAGGAGGCUCCUACAUCUUCCAUCACACCAUGACCAUGUUUGCCCGCCAGGGACACCACGCCGAUCCUGUCAAGCUUCAGGUCGCAUUCGGCAAGGACGAGCAGUUCUGGACCAACGUUUACUCGACAAUGAUGCUCAAGAAGCACGAGAAAGAGGUCAGACGCUUCUACUACAUGAUCAAGAUGAUUCGCUGGUUCGAGGUCUUCUUCGCCCUCGUCCCCAUUAAGUACGUGGUCAAGCUGUUCAUGUUCUCAGAGGAGUUUGCAAACGUCGUUGCACUUCCCAUGGUCGCCCUCUUCUUGGGUACCGGCAACUACGCCCCUGAGGUCCCCAGUAUGGUUUUGGAGAGACUGUGCACAAGUCCCACCUACGGCAUGUGGUACCCCCCAGACAAGGCCAGCGUAGCCAGCAAUCUGCCCCCCAUGGUCGUCUUCCCCAACUUCAGUGAAUUCUACGGCGACUGGAAGACCAGUCUGGAGAAGAAGGGCGUCAACAUCCGCCUCUCCACCGAAAUCACCCAAGUCGUCCGCAGAAACAAGGAUGGUGUUGCCGUCAAGUUGAUCAAGAGAACACCCGCCUCGGAUGGCCACACGCAAGAUUCCGCCUGGGUCCCCAACACAGUUGAAGGCCACAAUGGCGACCCCGACGCCCAAGAAUUCGAAGAACACUACGACGAAAUCGUCCUCUGCACUCUCACAGACACCUCCAAGCGCAUCCUCAAACCCGUAGCCACCUGGCGCGAAAACAAAGUCUUGGGCUCCGCAAAAUUCGCAAACGACAUCACCGUCACCCAUUCGGAUGCGGAUUACAUGCGCAAACACUACGAAAUGGAAUUCAACGAAGAACAAGCCUGCAAAGAGCUGAAUGGCGCCGAUCAGUCCGAGCGCCUGGACUACGCACGCAAAAACUUCAAACCAAUGUACCUGAUCAAAAUGUACCCCAAAGACCUGACAAAGCUCGAAAUGUCCUUCAACUGCAGCAACUACCAAUCCCAAUUCCCACCGGACACUCCUCUGGACAAUGCAGUUUUCCAAACCAUUUUCCUGAACAAAGAUCGCGAUUCUCACCUUUGGUCCAUUGAUGAAAUCGACGAAUCCAAGAUUAUCAGAAAGGAUUGGUGGCAUCAGUUGUGUCAUUCUUUCACGCAUUAUCUAUUCGUCGUUCCUUGGAUGUGGGCGUUGAAUGGAAAAAACCACACCCGUUUCGCCGCUGCGUGGACGAUGGUGAAUGCACACGAGGUGGCAUGUAUUUCCGGCAUCGCCGCCGCCGUUGACCUGGGCGCAGCUUACCCUGAGGAUUUGGAGAGGGAUAGGUUCGCUUUGCUCGCGUUUAGAUUGUACUACCUCCUCACGUAUGGAAAGUGGUAUAGCAGAAAGCACAAGAGUAAGAACGGCAAGGAAAGCUAUUCUACUGGAUUGUAUGGGUCUGUAUAUCAAGGUCCUGGUGUGGCUUCUGAGGAACGCACGUGUUGGAAGAAGGAAGUUGAGAAUGGACGCUCGUUGGAGGAUUUCAGUAUGGCCAAGUCUGAUUAG